AUGUUGUCGUUGAAUUUGUACGAUAGCUUCCGAUCUUUUUGCGCCGUGAAGCUUAUUGAUUUUGUGCGUUUUGAAGAUCUUAUUGACCACAUUCUACUGGACAUUGGCUAUUGGAACCACAUGGAUUUGCCUGUUCAGAAAGCAUCCAUUACUGUUUCAGAUGUUAUGGAUGUGCCCCUACAAGAAGGGAUGUUUGGAAAAUAUGGUGUAUUCAAGUUGAUGUACAUGAAGCAUCUUGUUUCAGGUCAAUCGAUUGGUAUACCGACGACAUCUGUUAGUGUUGCUACACAAUUUGGCAGGCUGACGGAAUUGGCUGGAGAUGGUGAUAAAUGGAGAGAAAGGUUCACCGAAGGUGGAGAUGAUGGUGGUGGCCAACGAUUUGUGUCUGCACUUUCCCUCUCAUCGUAUCUGUGUGUUUAUUUCUAA